AUGGAUAAUCCUAUUGUAAAAGAAUUUCAGAAUAAUGAAAACGAUAAACUUGAUUCCAGAUAUGAAUACGGUCGAAACACGAUUCCCGAUGAUGAAGAAGACGAUCAAAGCGUUCCGAUUGACAGUAGUAAUAAUGAGCCUAACUACUUUUUCCCAUCAUAUCUUGAUAGCAUAACUUCUUCACAACAAGAAGUUGAUUAUGACAUAGGAGAGAGUUCAGAAAGAAUAAAGUUUUUUAUCCCGAAGGUCAAUGACGCGCUUAAUCCAAAUAUGAAAGCACAAUAUGCGACUAUAAAUGAAGUAGAAAGGACGUACAGGGCUUAUGCGGACAACGCCGGCUUUGAUGUUCGCAUGCAUGUAAAAAAGACGAACAAGCAUGGCGAAAUUCAAACUAGGUGGUUUGUCUGCAGUAGGGAGGGAAAUCCAAAAAAGAAGGAUUUUGAUUCGUUGUACAUGCAGCCGGGUGAGAGGAGAUACCAUAAUACAAACAUCAAACGUUGUGGUUGUAAUGCUUGCAUAAAAAUCCAUUUGACAAAGGAUAGGGCUUGUUACGAGAUAUAUGAGUUCGUUGAGGCACAUAACCAUGCAUUGUUCAAUAAUAACGAUCGUCGUUUCUCUCGGAAGAAUAGACAGAUGAAGUAUACAGAUUUCAAAACUGUACUAAAUAGCUCGAGCUACAAAGUCGGCGCGAGGAGGGCUCACCGUAUUCARACCGCAUUGAACGGUGGAUUUGAGCAUACUCGCAUCUCUGAAAUUGACUUCAAGAAUUUCAAGAGGGAUGUUGUUGCUUGUGUUGCGAAUAAGGACGCGACGAUGUUGAUCAAUAAAGCGGAUGAAGUUGCUAGAAUUAACUACAAAGAAUUUGGUGAUGUCAUAUCGUUCGACGGUACCUUUCGCACUAACAAGCAUGCAAUGAUUUUUGUUCCUUUCUUGGCUGUUGACAACCAUAAGGCGUCUGUUGUUGUUGGAUCCGCUCUUAUAAGUGGAGAGACGAUUGAUAACUUUACGUGGGUUCUAAAGGCCUUUCUAAAGUGUCAUGCGAAGCAACCAGUGUUUGUAAUUACAGACCAAUGUUCUGCAAUGAAACAGGCUAUUCCGAAGGAGUUCACCGAAUCCAAGCAUCGACUAUGUAUGUGGCACAUUAUGAAGAAGGUCCCUUCAAAGAUUAGUGUCGCCCUAAAUCAUGAUACUACGUUCAAUAAAGUCAUCAACAAGCUCGUACGGAACAUUCAUAUUGGCCCAUCGGAGUUCGAACGCCGACACACCGAUGUCUGGGCUAAUGAAAACAACAUCAAGAUCCGAUACGAAUCGUACUGGUUUGAUUUGGUGCAAUUCCUUAAUAAUUACGACGUAGCUAUAGAAAAACAAAUAUACAGACAAUCUGUUCACGAAACAGUGACGAGAACGACUAAUCCCAAGUUUGUUACUCCAUUGCGCUUAGAAAGUCAUGCAUCAAGCAUAUACAGUCGGAACGUGUUUUUUGACAUCCAAAAGAAAAUAAAGAAGGCUGUUUGGUUUUGUGUUAUUGAGACCGUCGAAUGCCGGGAUGAUUUCAAGUCAUUCGUGAUAAGCCAGAAGGCCAAGAAAUCAGCUGACAACAUCACGUAUCUGGUGGGCCGUAAUUACUCAACAAACACAGUCGAAUGCGAUUGUAACCUAUUUACACGUAAUGGGUAUCUCUGUCGUCACGCGUUCAAGAUACAGUCCGCAAGAGUUCGUUAUGGGGAGGUCAACGCCGAGAAAGAAAAGUCUAUAAUUGAUGUAUAUUCCAAGAUCGACGACAUAAUAAGCAUCGCCCACAAUGAUCAAUCUAUAUUAGAUAGAUUGGGGCGUAACCUCGAAAAAUUCAUGGUUGAUAUAGAGAAGGAAGUUCCAUACGAAGACCCAUCACAACAAAAGUUGGACGCGAUUAGAGAUCAUCUAGGUGUUUCCAUACCUGAUAAGGUGGACAUUCUACCACCAUCUGGAAUAAGGAACAAAGGUUGUGGAACUGGAAAGAGGCUGCUUGAACUUGAUCUCAGUGUUUUGCUUGAAUCAGUAGUUGAUGUUAUUUGUUAG